AUGAAAACUUUCGUUCUUACCAUAAUAGUGGCUGCAUUCUCUACUAAGGCAUUAGAAAUCCACUGGAUAUACUGCAUUAUCAUCUGGGCACUUUGUGCCAUCUUCACUGCGGUCAUCAUCAUCAUCGAGAUGUUCCUCAUUGAGAAGCUUGUCCUGACGUUAUGCAUAGACUGGGAUGACUUCACCACAGGUGUAGCUUUCAUGGGCGUCAUCACCACCUGUCCUUGUACCAUCUGCUACGGUGCGUUUUACCUCUGUAAAACAUGUCUGUGGGACUGGCUUGUGGUGAUUGUAGCAAUUAUGUGUUCCGUGUUCUACUUAGUGGAGUUUGUGAUGGACAAGUGUGACUCCAAAUGCUCCGUGAGAUACCUAGCCGCCUGGCCUGGAAUCUUCAAGAUCCUGGAGGCGUUUGUGAGCUGCAUCAUCUUUGUCUUGGUGAAGGACUAUGUGAGGGAGCCAGUGGUGAUCUACUGUGUCGUUGCCUACAUCCUCCCCUUUCCUAUCAUACCUGUUGUCAUUGUGAUGAAUGUGAUGAAGAAGGCGCGAGACUUCCUGCCUUUCAGCCUGGUCCGUUUCGAGAUGCUCAUCCUCCUCAUCUCCGUGUUGUUCUACAUCACCACGGCGAUCAUAUGGCCGGUUUAUACUCUCAAAGACAACCCUCGGCCCACUCCGUGCCCACCAGACAGCUGUACGUGGAACAUCGAUUUUGUGAUCGCAUUCAUGACGUUUAUCAACCUUAUCCUUUUCGUUCUGGAAUUGGUGUUCACAUUCAUGGAGUGUUGUGACUUUAAACGUUCCUAAGGCACACAUAUGGAUAACAAAAGAUCUUUCUCUCUCUGCUGCUUUGUCUCUCUCUCUCUCUCUCUCUCUCUCCCUUGCACUGACACACACACAGCCAGAAACACACAAUUAAGCAACUUAAACAGCUCUCGUCUUUGGCAAUGACCUGUUACAGUCUCUAUCUUUUUGUUCAAUAUUAAUUAAAUAAUUAAUUUAAUUUAAUGUAUAGUAUGCUAUGUCUGGAUGAUGUUUAGAGAUCUAACUUGGGAGACUUUUUGGAUUGUCCUCUUUAGCUUAUUCAGAUGCUGAUUUACACAGUUGUGACCAUAUAAUCUAAUUUGUUGGAAAGCAUGCUGUUGUUUCCCAUAUUUGACCUUUACCCCUGGUAAUCAAUAAAUUAUUCUGCUUAUUUCCCUAAAAUAUCAUUUGUUUAUUUC